GACCAAUAAAAAACGCCAUAAACUUGUGAAGUUGUCGAAGUGGCAAGCGUUUUGGCCAAUCACAGCGCUUCAGUGGAGAACGUGAGGGGAGAACGCGCGACACUGGCUGACGACUGCACGCAGCGAGCUGCUGCUCAGAAAGAGGGGGGCAGAAGCCGAAUGGUGGAGCUGAAGAUGGCGGAUGGCGACAGUGGGAGUGAGCGCGGUGGAAGUAGCGGAGGAGGAGGAGGCGGCUUCCAGCACUUUCAGCGGGACCAGGAGACCCAGGAGCUGGCGUCUAAGCGCCUCGACAUUCAGAACAAGCGCUUCUAUUUGGAUGUCAAACAGAACAGUAAAGGCAGGUUCAUUAAAAUCGCCGAGGUAGGGGCCGGGGGCUCCAAAAGUCGCUUGACCCUCUCGCUGUCAGUUGCGGCGGAGUUCCGUGACUACCUCGGGGAUUUCAUCGAGCACUACGCCCAGCUGGGGCCUAGCACUCCGGAGCAAAUAGCCCAGGCCACCGCGGGUGAAGAUGGUGGGCCGAGGCGAGCUCUAAAGAGCGAGUUUCUUGUCCGGGAAAACCGCAAGUAUUACCUGGACUUGAAGGAGAACCAGCGGGGUAGGUUCCUGCGGAUCCGGCAGACCGUAAACCGCGGACCUGGCUUUGGGGUCGGGGGGCCCGUGGGUGGCAUGCUGGCCGGCCAGACCAUUGCCCUUCCGGCGCAAGGGCUAAUAGAGUUCAGAGACGCCCUGGCUAAGCUCAUAGAUGAUUACGGGGGAGACGACGAGGAGCUGACAGGGGGCACGGCCGCGGGGGGCUACAGCGAGCUCCCGGAGGGCACCUCCAUCAUGGUGGACUCUAAGCGGUUCUUUUUCGACGUCGGCUCCAACAAAUACGGAGUGUUCCUGCGCGUGAGCGAGGUGAAGCCCAGCUACAGGAACUCUAUCACCAUCCCGUUCAAAGCCUGGGGCAAGUUCGGAGGAGCUUUCUGCAGGUACGCCGAGGAGAUGAAGGAGAUCCAGGAGCGGCAGAGGGACAAGAUGUACGAGAGGAGAGAGGAGUCCGAGGGGGACGACGUGGAUGACGACUGAGCAGGAGAAUUACAGCAGCUGUUAGUCCAAGCCACAUGGCAGAUGUGCGACAUUAGGGGUAUUUUUUAUUAAAGAAGAAAAAAAAAAGCAGAAGCGACAGAUAAAAGUGCAUGACAAAUCGUGCUGUAAUAGCCUACUAAAAAGUAUUGUGGCGUAAAAAGUACAUGUGCAGGGACUUAUUGGUAUAUUAUCUCAAAAAAGUUUGCAGGGUUAAAGAUUGGAGUGGUUGUGUGAUUCUCUGAAAGUGGAAAAAAUGUUCAAAUGAGAUAUUUCUCAUUGGUUUU